AUGCUCCGGCUGCAGAGGGACGAUGGUGGAGGGCUGGUAAAGAUGGCGGCUCUCUCCGAGGAUGGGAGCUACGGAUUAAAUUGUGGCCAACAAAGCGCCGAAAGAGUCACCGUGCUGCACGUCAAAUUGACCGAGACGGCGCUGAGGGCUGUAGAAAAUUACCAAAACAGCGCGAAUGGACCUCCUUUACGGCCUACAAUACAAUUCAAGGGACUCCAAGGACGCAUUAAAAUUCCCAAGACUGACUCCUCCCCCGAUACCUUCCACAAUUUUGACUUCUAUCUGUCUAACGUGGGCAAGGACAACCCUCAGGGAAGCUUUGAGUGCAUCCAUCAGUAUGUGUCGAGCUCAGGGGCCUCACACCUGGCGUUGUUGGCGACUGUACAGGACAAGGUCACAGUGUGCGCCACCAACGACUCUUACCAGGUGACCCGGGAACGUAUGACCCAGGCUGUGGAGGACACACGUGAACGCGGGACCAAAGUCAUCAAGCCUGGGGGCCAAUACAGAGGAAAGCAAGUACAUACUCGUAAGCCUGCACUGUCAGCCCCAGAUGUAGUCCCAGAGCGCAAACGCUCCACACCCAUCAACCCAGCCAACACGAUACGCAAGUGCCUUUCCAGUAACCCCGUCUCUCAGAAGUCCCUCCGGGACCGCAUUGUCCACCUGCUGGCGCUGAAGUCUUACAAAAAGCUGGAGGUGCUCGGCCGUUUGCAGCGGGACGGCAUCAACCAGAAGGAUAGGAACUCACUGGGGACCACCCUGCAACAAGUGGCAAACCUGAAUCCCAAAGACAACACCUACUCAUUGAAGGACUUUAUAUAUCGUGACGUCCAGCGAGACUGGCCCGGCUAUUCUGAAGACGAGAAGACCCAGGCUGACCGGAUCUUAGCUCGUAAACUAGGUCUUUCUACUGAGAAAGUCUUGUCAAGCAGUUCUCCUAAAGACGGUUUUCCCACAUCACCUCAGAAACGGCAGCAAGACUUCGACUUCAUUGAUCCUUUGGCUCCCAAGAAAGCCCGCAUCUCUCACCUUAGCAGUCGGGGGUCUGCUGCGUCUUCCUGCUCCUCCAACCGGCGGGAGGACGAGGGCAGCCCCAGCUUAAAACACUCGUCUAUACCCCCAAGUGUUACUUCGGGCCCUCCCUCCCAUCUGCCCAUCUCUUCCCACCCUCCAUCUCGUCAGCAACCCAGCCCAGCCUCCAACUCCAACUCACCCUGCACCCCUGAAGGCUGCGGCACCCAGGACCUGCCCACAGACCAGAGUUCCUCCUGCAGAGACCCUUCACCUGGCCCCCUUCCUUCCGAUAGGACCCUGCAGGACCACUGUCAGCAUCCUGUCCCCAGAGCAGCCGCCUCCCCCAGCCCCCCUCCUUGCACCUCUCUCACAGUUACCUCCACUGUCAUCACUAGCCCUCCCUUGUCUAGCAGUACGAAUAAAAAGUUUAAGAAGAAAUCCAAGAAGCACAAAGAUCGAGAGAAGGAUAAAGGGAAGCAAACGCAUGGAGACAGAUUUAGUGCUCCUGUUGUAGCAGAGCAGGCCCAGGAAAACCACAGGGUUAAAAAGAAACGCAGUGCUGAGCAAGACUUUCAAGAAUCCAUUGACAAAAAUUCUCACAAAGGUCAAGACAAAGAGAAGUCGGUCCAGUCUACUGAAUCCUCAUCUAAACUUGAGAUGCCAGACUAUGUAAUGAAGUACUCACCGCUCGUGUCUCUGGACCAGAGACAAAACUACAAAGAUGACUUCAACGCAGAGUACGAUGAGUAUCGCCAGUUGCACGCCCACGUAGAGAGCAUCACCCGCCGCUUUACCCAGCUUGAUGCCCAGUGUCGUAAGCUGACACCCGGUACCAAGGAGCACCAGAAAGUACAAGAAGAAGUCUUGAAAGAAUAUAAAAAGAUGAAACAACUCAACCCCAGCUACCAUGAGGAGAAACAGCGCUGCGAGUACCUGCACAACAAACUAGCCCACAUCAAGCGUCUGAUAGCCGACUUUGACCAGCGCCGAGCCCAAGCCUGGUGCUGAGCAGCCUUCACUGAGCAGUAUUGAUCAGAUCGUAUUUAUUAACAUCUCUUCAUUUAUAGCCUUUUAAACACUUUCUUGUCAUCUUUCAUUCCCUUCCUUUUGGUUUUGAUUCCACAGGCUUGUUUACGGCCUGAAAUGUUGAAAAUCUCUGACUUUAUUGCCCCUUUUUUCUUUUCCCCUCCCCCAUAAACUCGCUCCUGUGGAAUUUGAUGCCACUGGAUGUGUGAAAACUUCAACUCUAACUUGUGAAGGACACUUCAGAGAAAAGUAUUUUUGAGCAUCAGAGAAAAAUAUUAACUUGUAUUUAAGCAAAAAAAGGCACAAAAAGAGGGAGAUCUAUUUAUUUUGAGAUUCAUAGUGAAAAGAAGAGUUAGGUGUUAUGUUGUUUUUGAUUUAUCCUUUUUUUUUCUUGAACAAUGCAACAUAAAUUACCACAGGCCUUACGUGUUGAAUUUGUGAAGCCAUUUUGCACACAACUUCUCCAGAUGUCCCCGCUGGCUCGUGUCCUCUCUUUCAAACACAACUUUACUGGAAAAACCUUCGUGAAGAGUCGGGAAACGAGACCCUGAGGAGAAACCUCUGGAGAAGCAGCAGAGCGUGUGCACGGGGUGUGGGGCGUUUACUUGUAACGGCCACAAGGGGGCGACGAGGUCGGGGUAGAAGUACAGGAAGAUGUCACCUGUGGGGGGAGGGUGCUCCUAUUCCUUGCACCAAAAUGUGUGUAAACUUCUUAAUGCCUUAUGGCAUUUACAUUCAGAAAAAACAGAGCUGGACCCGCCCCAAGAGUCCACACACACUAUGCAAAGGAACUGCAACUGCCUGGAAACUGUGUGUGUGCGUGUGUGUGUGUGCGUGUGUAAGUGGAUGUCGUAAUGGUGGAGAAAGGAGUGUUACAAAUUAUGUGUGUGUAUGGUUGAG